AUGUCUUUCAAACUCGAUCUCGAUACCCCAUCUUAUAAGGGGACUGUCUCAGUCAACACUGGGCUAUUCAUUGGCGGAAAGUGGGUUGAUCCUGUCGAAGGGGGCACCAUCGAUGUUGUCAAUCCCGCUACUGGGAAAAGACUCGUUGCCGUCUCAGCUGGCACGGCCAAGGACGUGGAUAUCGCAGUAGAUGUUGCAAGGAAAGCUUACCAAGAAUCUUGGGGCUUGAAAGUCCCAGGUGUGGAGCGCGGAAAGAUGCUUUACAAGCUUGCCGAUCUCAUUGAAGCCAAAAUUGACGAGUUCGGGGCCCUCGAAACUUUGGAUGUCGGAAGACCUUUCUAUAUGUCCAAGAACAUGGACGUUGCGUUUGCAAUUGCCGGCUUGAGGUACUUUGCUGGUCAGGCUGAUAAAAUCAAAGGAGAGACAAUAGAGUCAUCGGAACAAAAGUUUACCUACACUAGGCGCGAACCGUACGGCAUCGUGGGAGGAAUAAUUCCAUGGAAUGGUCCCUUGCUCUCGUGCAUAUUCAAAAUGGGACCGGCUGUUGCUGCGGGAAACGUCAUCGUUAUAAAGCCAUCUGAAUUCACACCGUUGACAUCUCUCAAAGUGGCUGAGUUGGUUAACGAAGCCGGCUUCCCACCUGGGGUUGUCAAUAUCGUUAACGGCUUAGGCUCGACUGUCGGUCAUACGAUUUCCUAUCACCCUCAGAUUUCGAGGGUCUCGUUUACUGGUAGUACUUUGACUGGGCGCAAAAUCCAAGAGGCUUCAGCUAAAUCGAACCUGAAGGUUGUUACGCUCGAAUUGGGUGGCAAGUCUCCAAACAUUAUUUUCGACGACUGUAACCUUGCGCAAACCGCGAAAUGGUCCGCAAGGGGCAUUUACUUUAAUAUGGGUCAGGCGUGUACCGCCGGGUCGCGUAUGUUCGUACAGGAGGGGAUUUACGACGAGUUCCUUGCCGCGUUCCAAGAAGAAACUAAGGUGUGGAGCCAACACACUGGAGAUCCUUUCGACUUGGAAACCCAGCAUGGACCGCAAGUUUCUCAGAUACAGUUUAAUCGUGUUAUGGGUUACAUCGACUCUGCGAGAGAGGAUGGAGCGACGAUUCUGACUGGAGGGUCGCGUCAUGGAAAGGAAGGGUAUUUUAUACAGCCGACUAUCAUUACGGAUACGAGGCCGGAUAUGAAGAUUAUUAAGGAAGAGAUAUUCGGCCCUGUUGCGUCGGUGAUUAAGUUCAAGACUGAAGAAGAGGUGAUCAAGAUGGCGAACGAUACGACUUACGGGUUGGCUUGUGGAUUGUUUACACAAAACGGCGCGCGGGCGACGAGAGUGGCGCAUGCGUUGGAGGCUGGAACGGCUUGGGUAAACUGCUAUAAUGUGUUUGACUUCAACGCACCGUUUGGUGGGUAUAAACAGUCUGGGAUCGGAAGGGAGUGGGGAUCUGAGGGUAUCAAUGAAUACACACAAAUCAAGUCGGUACAUGUUAAUGUAGGCAUGGAGAUUUGA